UCCGCCCCUCUGCGGUUUUCCACUUUGUUUUUUUGUCCUGGCUGCAGUGUAGACCCGGGUUUGUUUUUGCACAGGCACCAUGGACGUCAGAGUUGUCUUGGAAGGAACCCUGUCGCCAGAUGCGACAACGCGUCAGAAUGCUGAGCAGCAGCUGCUUCACGCGGCGGAGGUAGACUUUGCCACCUACCUCACCACCCUCGCCCAAGAGCUCGCAAAUGAGACUGCCCCGCCCCACGUCCGAACGGCUGCUGGUAUUGCACUCAAGAACUCCUUCACCUUCCGAGACAUUGCUAGGCUGCGCCAGGUGCAAGCACGAUGGAUUCAGCAGGUCAACCCAGAUGUCAAGGCCCAGGUCAAGAAGCUGGCGAUCGAUACCUUGGCUUCCAACGACGCCCGCGCUGGUCAGUCGGCUGCCCAAUUCAUCGUCUCCAUUGCUGCCAUCGAGCUCCCUCGCAACGAAUGGCCUGAAUUGAUGAACGUACUGGUCCAGAAUGUCGGCACUGGGUCGGAUCACCAGAAGCAGGCAUCGCUGACCGCGAUUGGCUUCAUCUGUGAAUCGGAUGAUCCCGAACUGCGGGAGAGCUUGACAGCGCACUCCAACGCCAUCUUGACCGCUGUUGUCCAGGGUGCCAGGCGUGAGGAGCCGAACAUGGAGGUUCGAAACGCGGCCCUUACAGCUCUGGGUGAUGCGAUCGACUUCGUGCGCUCCAACAUGGAGAAUGAGGGUGAGCGGAAUUACAUCAUGCAGGUUGUCUGCGAGGCUACGCAGGCCGAGGAUACCCGCGUCCAGGCCGGUGCCUUUGGGUGCCUGAACCGUAUCAUGGGAUCUUACUAUGACAAGAUGCGCUUCUAUAUGGAGAAGGCGCUGUUCGGUCUGACUAUUAUGGGCAUGAAAAAUGAGGAAGAAGAUGUCGCCAAGCUCGCGAUCGAAUUCUGGUGCACUGUGUGCGAAGAAGAGAUCGCCAUUGAGGAUGAUAAUGCUGCUGCGCAAUCUGAGGGAUCGACGGAAGUCCGUCCCUUUUUCAACUUUGCACGCAUUGCCUGCCGUGAGGUAGUCCCUGUCCUGCUCCAGCUCAUGUGCAAGCAGGAUGAGGAUGCCAGCGAGGACGAGUACAAUGUUUCCCGUGCCGCCUACCAGGCACUGCAGUUGUACUCCCAGUGUGUAGCUGGCGAUAUUGUCCAGCCUGUCUUGGCAUUCGUCGAGGAAAAUAUCCGUAGCGAGGAUUGGCACCGACGUGAUGCUGCCGUGGCCGCCUUUGGUGCCAUCAUGGAUGGCCCGGAUCUGUCGGUCCUCGAGCCCCUUGUCAAACAAGCACUGCCGGUUCUUAUCGGCAUGAUGGAAGACCCUUCUGUCCUAGUGAGGGACUCUGCUGCUUAUGCUCUCGGCCGUAUCUGCGACUACUGUGCUGAGGCUAUCGACCCUGACGUGCACCUACAACCCCUUAUUUCUUGCUUGUUCAACGGCCUCGCCAGCACCCCCAAGAUCGCCGGCUCUUGCUGCUGGGCUUUGAUGAACCUUGCCGAUCGAUUCUCCGGCGAGGGAGGUGCUGCCACCAACCCUCUCUCCAAACAUUUCGAGGCCAGCGUCAAGUCUCUGCUCGCUGUUACUGAGAGGGGAGACGCGGACAACCAGCUGCGGACCGCCGCAUACGAGGUUCUCAAUUCUUUCGUGACCAACGCCGCCAACGACAGUCUUCCGAUGGUGGCCACACUGUCGGAUGUUGUCCUCCAGCGUCUUGAGCAAACUGUACCUAUGCAGCAGCAGGUCGUCAGUGUCGAAGACCGUAUUACGCUGGAGGAGAUGCAGACUAGUCUGGCCAGUGUGCUAUUGGUAUGCACCUUUCUUUUUGUGCAUAUGACUAUCCGACCUUUUGCUGACUCUCAUCAGGCUAUUGUGCAGCGAUUGGAGACGGAGAUUAAGCCUCAGGCCGACCGCAUCAUGCAUGUGUUGCUUCAGGUCUUGUCAACCGUGCCUCCCAAGUCGAGUGUUCCAGACACAGUCUUUGCCACCAUCGGUGCGGUUGCGACGGCCCUGGAGGAGGACUUUGUCAAGUAUAUGGAACCGUUCAGCCCGUUCCUGUACAAUGCUUUGGGUAACCAGGAGGAGCCCGGUCUGUGCGCCAUGGCCAUUGGUCUCGUCAGUGACAUUACGAGAUCGCUCAAUGAAAAGGCCCAGCCCUACUGCGACACCUUCAUGAACUACCUGCUCAACAACCUGAGGAGCACCACUCUCAGCAACCAGCUAAAGCCGUCAAUUCUGGAAACAUUUGGCGACAUUGCCCAGGCUAUCGGAACCCACUUCGACACAUACUUGCCAGUCGUCGCUCAGGUACUCCAGCAGGCAUCGAAUGUCACUGCUAGCCACGAUGUUUCGUUCGACAUGCUUGACUACAUUGUUUCCCUUCGCGAGGGUAUCAUGGAUGCCUGGGGCGGUAUCCUCCUGGCUUACAAGGGCACACCACAGGUCAACCAACUGCAACCUUACAUCGAAUCGAUCUUCCAGCUCCUUCACCUGAUCUCUCAGGACCCAAGCAGAAGCGAAGGUCUUAUGAGAGCAUCGAUGGGAGUGCUUGGUGAUCUGGCCGAUGCCUUCCCUAACGGCGAGUUUGCUGCUUACUUCCGCAACGACUGGGUCACCUCCCUGGUCAGAGAGACAAGAACCAGCCGGGAGUAUGGCCCGCGUACAAUUGACACUGCUCGCUGGGCUCGCGAGCAGGUCAAGCGUCAAGUCAACCUGGCUACUGCAGCUGCCAUGUCGUAAGGUUAUUCCACUAAUAGCAACCAGUGACGGGCACCUCUUACUGAGACCGUUCGCUGGUUCUCCCCUUUAACAAACCGCAUCGGGUCAAUGUGGUAAGGGAAGUGACGCCGCGAAUGGGACAUUCCGAGUCCUUGUGCCGUGACAUAUGGGCUUGAGAAAUUCGCGCUCUGUUCGGCCCAAGUCCUAAGUCCGUCCCGCUCGAGCGAUCGUGAUAUGGUGCCUCGUUGAUCUGACCUGUGAAGGGCUGAUCUCUUCGAUCUAACCCCAAUGCAUCAUUGAAUCAUCCUGCCCUAUCUGUCUUCCACCCCGGCAAUUAUCCUGCACGAUGCCCUCCCCUCCCCCUUCAUUGUCAGCCACACCCCUUGUAUUUAUUAACAUAUUCU